AUGCGCGCCUUUGCUAUUUCGCGUCCUUUCGCUGGUGUCUUCUCCCUUAGAAGCCCAAUCACUGCCCCAUUAACCGUUCGAUCGAAUUCCCGAACCUUUCACAACAAAUCCAACCCUCGCAUCGAGCUAUCCGAGUUCUUCAACCGGGUACAAUGGCCGACGACAAAAGCAGAGAAGGCGGAGCUGGUGGAAGGCGUAAGAACCGCGAUAUGGGAAGGUCAGAAUGGAGAUAAAAGAGAGCGCACUGAGCGACAAGCCGAGGCCAAGCGCCGGAAGAUUGAAAACGGCGAGGAAGUCAAGGCGCCUAUCUACGCGACCGAGUUCACCAAGGAGGAAAUUGCCAAUGAGGAGCGCCGGCCGAAGAAGAAGGUUGCGCUCAUGAUGGGAUAUUCUGGAACUGGAUAUUAUGGCAUGCAGCUAAACGAAAAUCAGAAGACCAUUGAAGGCGAUCUCUUUGCUGCUUUGGUCGCAACUGGGGCUAUCUCCAAGGCUAAUGCGUCAGACCCUAAGAAGUCGUCAUUCGUGCGUUGCGCUCGUACCGACAAGGGCGUGCACGCCGCCGGAAAUGUUGUGUCAUUGAAGAUGAUUAUCGAUGACCCCGAUAUCGUCCAGAAGAUCAACGACAAAUUGAGCCCUCAAAUUCGCGUCUGGGGGUUUGAGCACACUACUGGCGGCUUUAGUUGCUACCAGCUUUGCGACUCUCGUAUUUACGAGUACUUGAUGCCCAGUCACUGCCUUUUGCCUCCCCACCCUAGCACCUAUAUUGGCAAGAAGAUCGUCGAGUUCGCCGAAAAGAAGGGCGACCUGGAUGCUGUGAACGCCAGGCAAGCGGAUGUCGAAGGUUACUGGGCGGAUGUCGACGAAAAGUAUAUCAAGCCCAUUCUGGAGAGUGUCCCCGAGGAUAUUCGUCAGGUCGUUGAAAAGUCCCUCUAUCUCGACGAGGAGAGCAAAGAGCCCACGGACAAGGAGGAAGAGGAGGAGCAGACGCCCGCAGCUCCAGAGAAUAUCGAAGAGCCUACAACAGAGAAGAAGCCAUUCGUGAUGGAUCCUCGCCAACGAAAGACCCUCGAUACCAUCAAAGCCAUCAAGGCAGCUUACACUGCUGCCAGACGCACAUAUCGUGCUCCUCCCUCGCGCGUCGCUCGUUUGCAAGAGGCCCUAGACCAAUACGUCGGCACCAAGAACUUCCACAACUACACUAUCCAAAAGACUCACAAGGACCCAUCUGCCAAGCGUCAUAUCAAGUCAUUCAAUGUCAAUCCGAACCCAAUUCUUAUCAAUGGCACUGAGUGGCUUAGCUUGAAGGUGCACGGCCAGAGUUUCAUGAUGCACCAGAUCCGCAAGAUGGUAGCCAUGGCCACCCUAGUCGUUCGCUCCGGCUGUCCUGCCGACCGUAUCGAGGACACCUACGGACCUCACCGCAUCGCCAUUCCCAAGGCCCCUGGAUUGGGUCUUUUACUCGAACGCCCCAUCUUCGACAGCUAUAACCAAAAGGCAGAGGGCUUGGGCCGUGAGCGUGUUGCAUUUGACAAGUUCACUAAGGAGAUGGAAGAGUUCAAGCAGCGAGAGAUUUAUGACCGCAUCUUCCGCGAAGAAGAAGAGUCCGCAGCAUUUGGCUCGUUUUUCAACCACAUUGAUCACUUCCCUGGUGACUACUUCCUUUAUGUUACCUCGGGCGGAGUUGAAGCGGCAGAGAUUGUGGCUGCUCCCAACGAGAAGAAUGCCGAGAAAAAGGAAGCCGAACAGGUCAAGACCGGAAAGUCUCAGAAAGAAGCUUUAGCUGAAGUCGAGUCCGGAUCUGAAGAUGAAGCCAACCUUGCUGGCGGUGAAGAGGGUAAUUGA